AUGGACGCUAUGCAAGGUUCUGAAGUUGAAGCACCAUAUGAAGCUAUGCAAGGUUCUGGAGUUGAAGCACCAUGUGAAGCUAUACCAGGUUCUGGAGUUGAAGCACCAUGUAAAGCUAUGCAAGGUUCUGGAGUUGAAGCACCAUGUAAAGCUAUGCAAGGUUCUGGAGUUGAAGCACCAUGGAAGCUAUGCAAGGUUCUGAAGUUGAAGCACCAUAUGAAGCUAUGCAAGGUUCUGGAGUUGAAGCACCAUGUGAAGCUAUGCAAGGUUCUUGAGUUGAAGCACCAUGGAUGCUAUGCAAGGUCCUUGAGUUGA